AUGUCUUACAAUAAGCGCACAACCGCAAUUUUCCCCUCUUCCGUAACAGGUUCCCUGUCAUCCCGUCCUGGAAAUCAGUCCUCCAGUCUAGCAGCUCAUGUUACUGCAAAACGAGCAGAGCUAGAGGAUAUCCAACAACUACGCGAUACCAGUAGUGCCUUGACUACUCAGUUGGAGGCAUUGGAAGCAAAGCUUGCGACCUUACAGGAUGGCGCGGAAGCUGUUGCCUGUAUCAUGGCGAAUUUCGAUAGCGUGUUGAAAGUGAUUAAUAUGGCAGCAAGCGGCAUCCCUCAAGCCAAAAAUCGCGAGACUUCGUCUGCUGUGAACCAGAACCCACAAGUUGAGGGCGCCAAGGAUGAAAAGGCCCCUAAGGAGCCACUUCCAGUUCCCCUAGUACGAAUCCUGCUCGAACAGGCAGCCCCUGGGAUUAAGAAGUAA